AUGCGGCUGCCCGGCGGGACGCCGCCAGCCCGGUUCUUCCUUGCUCUCUGCGUCUGGAGGCUGGUGCCGCGCCGGGACGCCGCAGGAACAGAGGAAGUGGUCUUUGGGAAGGUUGGAGGAAGCAUCCUCCUUUUAUGCCGAAAUGUCUCCAAAGAAGCAACCGAGGUGGUUUGGUUUCAAGGGGAUCCACACUCUUUCCCACCACUCUUCUCCUCAAAGGUCGCCUUCCCUCCGGAUGUCCGCUUCUCCCUGGUUGACAACAGCUCUCUGCGCAUCACAGGGCUGCGUGUGCAGGACGAAGGCUACUACACUUGCAAGGAGGUGCUGAACAAGACGGACCAUGAGCACAGGGUGCAGCUCCUGGUAGCCAAUCCACCGCAGUCAACCCCAAAGUGCUGGGCUGAGACUUCCUCAUCGGGGCAGAUGCUGCAGCUCUUUUGCAGCUGGCCUGGGGGGUACCCCCACCCUACCCUGCACUGGAGAGAAGAGGGGCACAAUCUGGAGAACUCAAGCUGGGUCAUCAGCUCCACAAGCUCCUCGGACACCCACGUGGAAACACUGAACAGCUCCCACCUCUCCCACCGCAAAGUGUUCAAGUGUGUUGGGAGCCACGUUGUCAAGCAGGAGGAGCCUGCGUGCACUGUGGAGAUAAAAAUCCCUUCUUUGGAGUCAGAGCCUCCAAAGACCUGUUUUGUGGGUGACAACGUGACCCUGAUGUGCCGUGUGACCGAGAGCACCCCGGCAGCGAGGCUCACCUGGCUGCGGGGCAUCACCCAGCCAGAGGUGGAGAUCCAACCUGGAGGGAGGUACCUCAUCGCCCAGGAAGGCAACGUGUCCCGGCUCACCAUCCAGAACUGCUCCCAGGGCACCGACGGAGGCUGUUACGUCUGCAAGGCACAGAACCCCGUGGGGCUGAGGGAGCUGUUCGUUUGCCUGACGGUGAAGGAGCCGGUGAACAUUGUUGGGGUGGUGGGUGCCGUGGUGGUCCUGUCCCUGCUGGCUGUUCUCACCAUCACCGGGAUCAUCUUGUACUACAAUCCCCUCCUGUGCCUGAGAGGUGCUGCAUUCAGGAAUCAAGACUCGGGUGAUGUCUUAGUGCUGGUGGACUCAGAUGAUGACGAUGAGGGGAAGGGGGAGGAGGAGAGCAGGAGCGGUUCCACCAAGCACGAGGCGAUGGUGAUGGUCAAUGGGCACCACAUCCAGGCUGCUCACCUCAACUGCCUGACGGAAGGUGACGAUGGCGAGCAGCGUGCCGGGGUCUCCCUGCAGGACACGGGAGGAGAGACACGAGGCACGUAGUUCCCGCCCCUCCGUGCAGAAGCACACGCAGCUCUGCUGGACGCCUGGCGUCACGCUCGUCCUCGUCGCCAUGGGGCUGGGCGCGGGCCGUGGGGGUCCUGCAGCGGACUGCUUUGGCCAGAGCACCCCCACUUCCCCCUCCCCUCACCCCUGCCCCACCUUUCAUUCCCUCCUUCCCCAGACUUGUUUCUCCAUUUCUCUUCCCCCCUCUUCAUGUUCCUCUUUGUCUUGGGUGUCUUUUUUAACAAGGUGGCACCCAGCGCAGGCAGAGCUGGGGAAGGAGGUCCCAGUAGCCCACUCCUCUCCAUGCCUGUGGCAGACUCCAGUACCAGUUCAGGAUUCUGGCCCAGGCGCCACGAGCAGUGCUGGGGUUGUGGGGAGCGUGAUGGAGAAAGUCUCCGUGGGGCUGCAGGGGUCCUGGGAUAACAGAAGAAACAACAGUUGCACAGGCAGGACAAGGGUGAUGCUGACUUUAGGGAGGCUUAAUUCUUUUUAUUAUAAAUAUUUUUUCCUCUAUUCCU